AUGAAAACCUGCUACUACGAGCUUCUCGGCGUGGAGCGCGGAGCCUCCGGCGACGAGAUUAAAAAGGCUUAUCGCAAGAAAGCACUCGAACUGCAUCCCGACCGUAACUACGAUGAUGUUGAGAAAGCAACAAACCUCUUUGCAGAAGUACAAUCUGCAUAUGAGGUUUUGUCAGAUCCCCAGGAGCGAGCCUGGUACGAUUCGCACAGGGACGUCAUAUUACGAGGCGGAGAGGAGGGUUUAGAGCGCCAUUAUGAAUAUGAUAUUCCGGUUACAACAGCGGACGAUCUUAACUCUCUUCUUAUGCGGUUGAAUGGACGUAUAGAAUUCUCCGAUUCAUCCAAGGGAUUCUUCGGUGUCCUUCGAAAUAUUUUCGAUAACUUAGCAUGGGAGGAAGAGGCAGCUUCCCAGUGGGAAGGACUAGACCCGACAGAUUAUCCCUCAUUUGGAUAUGCGGCAGAUACUUAUGACGAGUCCGUUCGAAAUUUUUACAGCGCUUGGGGCGGCUUUUCCACCAAAAAGUCCUUCGCGUGGAAAGACCGAUAUCGUUAUUCAGAAGCACCAGAUAGACGGGUUCGACGAAUGAUGGAGAAGGAGAAUAGAAAGUUGCGGGAUGAAGGCGUUCGGGAGUUCAACGACACUGUGCGAUCUUUGGUAGCAUUUUCGCGAAAGCGCGAUCCAAGAUAUACGCCAAAUUCACAGACUGCAGAACAACGCCAACAAUUGUUACGAGACGCUGCCUUGGCGCAAGCUGCCCGGUCUCGAGCUGCUAACCUGGAAAGGCUCAAAGAGCAUAUCGAGCCAGAAUGGUCUCAAAGUCGAGGUGAAGACGAUAUUGAAAUUGAAAGUGAAAUUGAAGAGGGUGCGGACAACGAGCAAGAAAUGAUUUAUGAGUGUGUGGCGUGUAACAAGACAUUCAAAAGUGAAAAUCAGCUCCAGGCUCACGAGAAGAGCAAAAAGCAUGUUAAGGCUGUUCGACAGCUGCGGAAACAGAUGGAAAAGGAAGACCAA